UCUGCAGACGCCUAGCGAACCGAAGUUACCGGCGUUUUUCAAGACGAUACGUUCAGAUAGGGGGCGUCACACUGUUAACCGACAAGUUAAUAAAAUGUGCGUGAGCUGCCGCAUUUAAUGCUGCAAUGACACGGGCAUGCCUUGGAAUAAGAGUUUAGUUUAAUACCCGUCGACUGGAAGGACUUAAAAUAAAGAUUACUCCCGAGGCCAGCAGUCCACUCAGGAUUAAUUAACUACUUAAAACUUUGUCUCAUGAUUCACACUGAAUCAUUGUAGGGUGCAUCCAGUGCCACACAGUUGCUUUACCAGCUCCAAAAUGUACACAAUUACCAAAGGUCCGAGCAAACUUGCUACCCAGCGGAGAACUGGUCCCACGCAGCAGCUCGACAACCAGAUCACCGAAUUCAAGCACAAGCAGACGUCGUGGAAUCUGCCGGCGCUUCCUGCCCCCAAGAUAGUCUUCAACCGACCGAACGGGAAGAAGUACCAUCAGCCUGCACAGUCGUUGCAGGUGAACAGCCAAUCAGAGGACAGCUGCUUCACACCGGCGCACGAGGAGAACGUCCAGUUCGCGCACCACGCCUGGCGGGAGGUGGCUCAGCAGCUGGAGGAAGGGCCCAGCCCGGGGCCUCACGGGGCCCAGGAAGCUGUCCUCUACCAGGAGAGCGGCGAAACCGGCCCCCACAUGGACAACUUCGUGCCCAUCGACCUGGAUGAGUGGUGGGCUCAACGCUUCCUGGCCAACAUCGACAAGCUCUCCUGAUGGGGGGGGG